AUGGCUCUACCUUGUUUGGCUAGUAAACUCCCCUUUCAGCCGAUUUCCAUGCCCUUUCCCUACGGCGGAGGCUGGCUCGACAUAAGCGUAGAACACGCCAACAGGCUACGACCCGGUGAAUGGGUCAGCGGAAUCAUUAUCGAUUGGCUCGGGGUGAUGCUGCAGUACGAACACGGUCGCGACCGCAACACCUGGCUUUAUGGUGGAUCUUAUUUCUGGGACUACGCUCGGAGAGACACCUCGAGGCGCGAAAACGCCUAUACUUUCGGAUUGGGUAUUUUCGAGUUUAGAUACGUUCUUGUUCCGAUUAAUACAGAGAGUCACUGGAGCCUGAUCGUGAUCGAGAUCAUACCGAAACCCGACGACCCGAUUCCCAUGAACUGCGUGCUCUGGCACGCUGACUCGUAUGGGUCCCAUGACGGUGUCGACGCCCCGUUGCGCAGGUACUUACGAAACGAGGUGAUAAGAUGCUGUGCCUGGAUCAUAGAUCCGGACGCAGAUGCAUGGGCUGCGAGCAUCCCGCUACGACAGGUCAAGGUGGGCGCUAUUGCCUUUGCUGUACGACCUCCGAAACAAUCGCAUCUCUCUUUUUAG